UCGAGAGUUGGUUGUUGGCGGAUGAGGACGCUUCACCGCCAUGCGAGAGAGACUCGCUGUGCACGUACUGAACGUGCGUGCGUGUGCGUGGACGUGGUCUCUCCCAGGACGAGGAGCCCAAAUCCUCCCCGAAAGGAAACAGAAAAAGUGGAAGUAAAGCAACAAAUCCUCCUGGAACCAAUAGGAACUCUGUGUGUGUGUGUGUGUGUGCGUGGAAGUGAGUGUGCAGAUGAUCAAAUUGUGUUGCCGUGAAAAAGUCCAUCUGUGUCCUCGCAGGGUUGCAGCCUGACACGUCGUGCAAACGUCAUGGCGGUGUCCUCGCCCACCUCCAGCCUCCUGCUCUUCCUGCUCGCGUCCUGCCUGGCCUGGCUCUCCUCUCCCGGGUCGGGUUUUGUCAUGGACUGGGACCACAUGACUGCAUCAGCUCCUGUUGAACCUCACUUCACUGAGUGCAUAUCCCGGGACCAAAUGACAUUCCGCUGCUGGUGGAGUCCCGGCAGCUUCCACAACCUGUCGGCCCCCGGAGCGCUCAGAGUCUUCUACCUGAAGAGAGAUUUCCCCACCAAGAAAGAGUGGAAAGAGUGUCCACAGUAUAUCCACUCGAAAAGGGAGUGCUUCUUUGAUGGAAACCACACGUCCAUUUGGACCACCUACUGCUUGCAACUGCGUAGUCAAGACAACGUCACCUAUAUAAACGAAAACGACUGCUUCAGUGUGGAAAACAUUGUACGCCCUGACCCCCCUGUUUCCCUCAACUGGACCCGCCUGAAUGUCAGCCCCUCUGGCCUCAGCUAUGACGUCAUGGUCACGUGGGAGUCGCCGCCCUCGGCAGACGUCACAGUGGGUUGGAUGCGCCUGGUCUACGAGGUCCAGUACAGGGAGAAGAACAGCACCAACUGGGAGGCACUGGAGGUGCAGCCUCACACCCAGCAGACAAUCUUUGGUCUCCACAUCGAAAAAGAAUACGAGGUUCACAUCCGCUGCAGGAUGAAAGCCUUCACUAAGUUUGGGGACUUCAGUGAGUCCAUCUUCAUCCAAGUGUCUCAGAUUCCCAACCAAGAUACAUUUUCUCUGUUUACAAUGGUCGUCGUUUUAGGGAUUGUGGGCACCAUCGUACUGGUCAUGUUGAUUGUUGUCUCACAACAACACAGAUUAUUGAUGAUUCUGUUGCCACCGGUUCCGGCUCCCAAAAUUAAAGGUGUCGAUUCAGAGCUUUUAAAGAAAGGGAAGCUGGAAGAGCUGAACUUCAUCCUGGGUGGUGGAGGUCUGGUUGGCGGUCCCAUGUAUUCAACGGAUUUCUACCGGGAUGAGCCUUGGGUGGAAUUCAUCGAGGUGGAUGUGAAGGACCCCGACACCGGAGAGAAGGACAACCAGGCCUCGGACACCGAGAGGCUCCUGAAUUCCUCGCAGCCUGUCAGACAGAGGGCCGGGUGCUCCAACGCCGUCAGCUUUCCUGAGGAUGAUGCCGACCAGGCGCGCAGUUCCAACGCGAACCGGCCCGACGAAGACGCCGUAGUACUUUCGUCCACACUUCUGCCGGGCCAACCCGACGACAGAGAAGCCUCCCUCGCUGUCGACCCGUCGAGAGGGGGCCGGUCGCCUGUCCCCUGUCAAAGUGGACCUCCUCCGACCUGGGUCAACACGGAUUUCUAUGCCCAGGUCAGCAACGUCAUGCCCUUUGGGGGCGUGGUGCUGUCACCCGGCCAGCAGCCCCGCAUCCAGAAGGAGGAAGAGCCUAGCGAGACGAGGCGAAAGGAGCUUCAGUUUCAGCUGCUUGUGUUGGAUCCCGACGCCCCAAGCGACACCCAGGCUUACUGCACCAUGCCCAACGAGGGCUACCAGUCCAACGAGCCUCCGCCCGCCGCAGAGGCGCCUUACGUCACCCCGGAGUCCCCCGAGCUCUUUGCCCCGGUGGCGGCCUACACCGUGCUCCAAGAACUUGACAGUCAGCGCAGUUUUCUGCUCAACCCGCCCUCACGCUCCUCCUCCCCCGCACCGCCCGCCGCCCCGUCAUGCCUGUCCCAGCGCUCUCUCAAAGACCUCGCAGCCACAGAGUACGUCACCCCGGACAUGCAGGGGCUGUUCUCGCCCUGAGGUGUUAUCAGUUUUUCAGGUGAUGGAAACUAAACCACUCACAUCGAGCCAAGCGGACAUAAAGAUGCGGGUUUGUCUUCAGGUAAAAAAAAAAAAAAGGGAGUCAAAUAAAUGUUCUUCAUUGUGAUUCUUCACAACCCCCGAACUUGUUGGUCCAGAGAGGGAGGAACGUUUUUUAAAAAAGCAAUAAGCAUCGGUUUGAUGAUUCGCUGAAGUCUUAACCUCGCAGAGAAGCACAGUGCGGCCAUGUUGGGGUGUUUAUUUCCUGCUACAUCAUUCAGACAAGAAGCAUCCGCCAUUUUUGAUACCUCUUUUUAAUCAACGCAACUUUUUUUGGUUGUAUUCGUAAUAUUCUGCUACCAGUGAUUUACAGUAUUUUUAUGAAAUGAUAAUGAAAUGGUGUUUUUUCUUUUUUUUUUUUUUUCUUACAUACAGUAAAGCACAAAAUUAUUUUUUAUCCUCCUGAGAAUUUUCACUGGUUCUCAUGGGGGAUAUACUCCUGGCCAAAUUUUGAGUAGAAUAUAUUUGAAAACAAUAUUUUAAAUGAAUUUAAAAUUAUUGCACACUAGUUUAUUGAAUGAUCGGUGCAUGUAUUGUUUAUUGCCAUAUUUCAUAUUUAAAAUUGUCUUUUUGUGAGUGGGAAUUGAAAAAAAAAACACACCAAUUGGUUUAUUUGAAAUGAAAUUUAAAAUAUCCAUCCAUUCAUUCAUUUUCUAUAGAGUUUAUUUUUAUUAGGGUCGCGGGUAAGAUGGAGCCUAUCGGUCUGUGUACCUUCCGUUCAUUCUAUUUCCAAUUCUAAAACGCAAAUCAAAAAAUAAAAUUAGGGCCGUUUUCAUACUUGCCGUACCUUGAGACCUCUGAAUUCUGGAGAUGGGGGGGCAGGGUUUGGUGGUAGCGGGGCUGUAUAUUGUAGCGUCCCAUCAGAGUUAAUGCUGCAAGGGGUUCUGGGUAUUUGUUCUGAUGUGUUUAUGUUGUGUUAUGGUGCGGAUUUUCUCCCGAUGUGUGUUUGUCAUUUUUGUUUGGUGUGGGUUCACAGUGUGGCGCAUAUCUGUAACAGUGUUAAAGUUGUUUAUACGGCCACCCUCAUCGUGACAUGUAUGGCUGUUGAUCAAGUAUGCCUUGCAUUCACUUGUUGGUGUGUAAAAGCCGCAUAUGUGAAGUUACUGGGUCGGCACACUAUUUGUAUGGAGGAAAAGCGAAUGUGACGACAGGUUGUGGAAGACGUCAAAGGCAAUGCCUUUAAGGCAUGCUCCCAAUAUUGUCGUCCGGGUGGAAAUCGGGAGAAAUUCGGGAGAAUGGUUCCUCCGGGAGAUUUUCAGGAGGGGUGCCGAAAUUCGAGAGGCUUCCGGGAAAGUCGGGAGGGUUGACAACUUUGGCCGUUUUUCGAUUUUUAUUUUAUGACAGAUUUUAAAACAGAAAAAAAGGUUGAUUUUUAUUAAAAAAUUGCCAUAAAAUUGAAUUUUGUGCUGUUUUUCUUUUCAUGGAUAAACACAAAUAAAUGUGCAAAAAUGUGUGGUUAUCUGUGUGACGGUAAAUUGAACCGGAAGCAGUAUUUUAGCCUUUCCUUUGCGUUUUGCAUGUUUUUAGCAUAACCGGAACAUCUUUGUUCAGCAGGAGUCCUAUUGAGUCAUAUAUAUAUAUAUAAAAAAGGUUCAUUAAAUAGUUGUUCAACCUUUGUUUCACAAAUUAAAAUAGAAAAAAAAAUGGUCCGAAACAUGUUUUUUAGGACUCCUGAACAAAGAUGUUACAGUUAUGCUAAAAACUCGCUGAAUGCAAAGGAAAGGCAAAAAUACUGCUUCCGGUUAAAUUUUUCAUCACACAGAUAACCACACAUUUUUGCACAUUUUUUUAAAAACUUUUGCGUUUAUCUGGAAAAAUAAAAAUCAAUAAAAAGGAAAACAGCACAAAAUCCAAUUUAUUGGAAAUAUUUUAAUGAAAAUCAACCCCUUUUUGUUUGUUUUAAAAUCUGCUAUAUAUAAUAAAAAUUGAAAAACGGCCCUAAUUUUAUUUUUUGAUUUGUGUUUCAGAAUUGGAAAUAGAAUGAACGGAAGGUACACGGACCCCUAUCCCAGCUAAGCAGCAGUAUUAGAUAAAAAAAAAAAAUAAUAAUAAUAACAUUUUAUUAUUAGGUUACAUAUUAAAAACAUUUUUUUUUUAAAUAGAUAACGCACUUAAAAACUGAGAAUUCCUUAAAAGGUAAAGUCCCACUGAUAGUCACACACACACACACUAGGUGUGGUGCAAUUACUCUGCAUUUGACCCAUCACCCUUGUUCACCCCCUUCUAGGUGAGGGGAGCAGUGAGCAGCAGCGGUGGCCGCGCUCGCAAAUCAUUUUGGUGAAUUAACCCCCAAUUCCAACCCUGCCAAGCAGGGAGGUAUGUGUCCCAUUUUUAUAAUCUUUGGUAUGACUCGGCCGGGGUUUGAUCUCACAACCUACCAAUCUCAGGGCGGGCACUCUGACCACAAGACCACUACACCGGAAGUUUCUAUUUAAAUACAAGACAAGACUGGCCUAUAUUGAUACACAGUAUUUGACGUCACAUUCUGCAGACCGGUCUUGUUUUUAGCGAUUUCCUGUUUUUGGUCCCUUAUUUGUUUGUUUCUGCUGACGAGUAAUUUUAAUUUUAUUUCAUUUAAUUUGUUCUUAUAUAAAUAAUAAAAUGAAAAUCAAACAGUCUUUUCUACCUAGUUAACGCUUUUCGAAACGAAAAAAGAACAUUUUCUAUUUUAAUUAAAAGUUUUGUUUUUCAAAAUAAAAUGAUAUUUUUCUUUAUUUGUUUGUUUUUCAAUUUCCAAUGAUGAAACUAAAAUGCAAUAACUAAAAGGUACACUUCCCUCCCGAGGACACGCCAUUUUGUAAGCUGUGUUUUUGUCCGAGGCUGUGGCUCCAAAAAGUGCGAUUACCGAUAUGUACUUUAUCCACUUUUUUUUACAUAUCCAUUGUAACUUUGCAUUAGUCCAACACAUUAGGUGCCAAAUAUCACAGACAUGAGGACACAAAUGCUAACAACACUAUUUUAGCUAUGUUAGCUACAGUGCUAACAAUAACUCUCACAUUCUUUAUUUUCAUAUGUAGCUAAAACCUGCUUUUUUCCAAUGUGUAUACAUUUUUUUACAAAGCUGUGGGCUCAUCUAACUAGGAGCGCGUCUGUGAGAGGGAAGUGUUUCCUUUUAUGAGGCAAGUAAAACUCACUUUUACCUCCAAAUUUGGCCAAACUAAUAAUUUUGUGCUAACUUGUUCAGUAUACCACAAAUACACAGAAUGUCUAAAUAUAAACUGUGACAAUUUACACUAUAUUGCCAAAAGAAUUUGGCCACCCAUCCAAAUGAUCAAAACCAGGUGUCCUAAUCACUUGGCCCGGCCACAGGUGUAUAAAAUCAAGCACUUAGGCAUGGAGAUUGUUUCUACAAACAUUUGUGAAAGAAUGGGCCGCUCUCAGUGAUUUCCAGAGUGGAACUGUCAUAGGAUGCCACCUGUGCAACAAAUCCAGUUGUGAAAUUUCCUCGCUCCUAAAUCUUCCAAAGUCAACCAUCGGCUUUAUUAUAAGAAAAUGGAAGAGUUUAGGAACAACAGCAACUCGGCCACGUAAACUAACAGAGAGGGGUCAGCUCACGCUGAAGCGCAUAGUGCAAAGAGGUCGCCCAGUUUCUACAGCGCUCCAAACUUCAUGUGACCUUACAAUUAGCCCACGAGCAGUACGUAGAGAGCUUCAUGGAAUGGGUUUCCAUGGCCGAGCAGCUGUAUCUAAGCCAUACAUCACCAAGUCCAAUGCAAAGCGUGGGAUGCAGUGGUGUAAAGAAGGUCGCCACUGGACUCUAGAGCAGUGGAGACGCAUUCUCUGGAGUGAUGAAUCACGCUUUUCCAUCUGGCAAUCUGAUGUACGAGUCUGGGUUUGGAGGUUGCCAGGAGGAACGGUACAUUUCGGACUGCAUUGUGCCUGGUGUGAAAUUUGGUGGAGGAUGAAUUAUGGUGUGGAGCUGUUUUUCAGGAGUUGGGCUUGGCCCCUUAGUUCCAAUGAAAGGAACUUUGAAUGCCCCAAGAUACUAAAACAUUUUGGACAAUUCCAUGCUUCAAACCUCGUGGGAACAGUUUGGAGCGGGCCCCUUCCUCUUCCAACAUGACUGUGCACCAGUGCACAAAGCAAGGUCCAUAAAGACAUAAAUGACAGAGGCUGGUGUGGAUGAACUUGACUGGCCUGCACAGAGUCCUGACCUGAACCCAAUAGAACAAAUUUUGGAUGAAUUAGAAUGGAGACUUGAGAGCCAGACCAACAUCAGUGUGUGACCUCACCAAUGCGCUUUUGGAAGAAUGGUGGAAAAUUACUAAAAACACACUCCGCAACCUUGUGGACAGCCUUCCCAGAAGCGUUGAAGCUGUAAUAGCUGCAAAAGGUGGACCGACAUCCUAUUGAACUGUAUGGGUUAGAAUGGGAUGGCACUUCAAGUUCAGAUGUGAGUAAAGGCAGGUGGCCAAAUACUUUUGGCAAUAUCGUGUAACUCCUACACAUCAAGGUGGCAUGGCACCUUGCAGGAUGCUGCUGCGUGGCGUUCAAGGACAUUAAGGAAAAUGCCAGUUGAACCAUGCGAGGUUGACCAAAAGGAAAGCACAAUGCAGUUUAUGGACAGGAUUUCUUACGAAUCCUGCCUUUUAGUUUUCUUUCAUUGUACUUGAUAAAGGAUUUAUUUUUUUAUCCCGGUAACGUGUAGCAACAGUAGUGCUGCACAUGAACAGGCUGACGCUAAGCAGUGCUCUUAAACUACACACGCUUAUAUAACCAGAGUUUUAUUGUAAUUGUUUUGAUACAUGGCAAAAUAAUUCAGGGACGGCGACAGGAGGGAGUGGAAAGAAUGUGAAGGUUUGUAAUUAGCUCAUUAGCUUUAUUUUGUAAACUAAACACGGCGUUAGCAGCCUGUUGCCAUGGUUGCAUCGCUAGCUUGUCACGUUUGUGUUGAUGCAUUUUUAGCUAAUUAUAGGCGUGUUGACACUAGACGGACAAGCAAAUAUUUUAGUAUUCAUUGUGUUACGGGGAACUGGCGUACAUAUACGGCUAAAAAAAAAAACACAAGAAACUUAAUUUUCACUUGGAUUUUGUUCUUCUACCCUUCAAUUUUUAUUUGGGUAGUAAGCCCCAAAUACCACCCGGUGUCAGGGCCAAACUGAAAAGAAAUACAUACAUAUAUUGUAGCGAUAUUAUGAAUAUACCAUCAAAAAGUUAAAAGAAUGAUGUAAGGGGGAAAAAGUAAUAUUCUGUUUAAAAAGUGGUCAUCAUACAAAAGUAGUAAAGUCAUCUUCGUUGAGAUAUUUGUUUUAUAAUUUCCCUUUUUCGAAAUGACUUUUUUUCCUCUAAUAGUAAGAUUUGACCCUGAUAAUAUUUAAACUGCAUUCUUGUACAAUUAAUAUUUUUUCUUUCUCUUGACCUCUAAAAGCUUUAGUGGCCACAUGCGUGGACAGCACCUUUUUGCUCUUAUUUCCAAAAUUGUGUACACGACUGAAUUGGGGUCUGAUGGCCACUUAUGUGGACACUUAUACUGCCAUCUAGUGGUGUCAGAAGAGUACAACAUACAAUGGAAUUUGGAAGGGGAAAAAAGGAAAAAUAAGAAUUAGCAUGUCACUAAACAUGAAGUACACAUAUGUGUACUUAUGGACUAAGUACAUCAUAUUAAAAAAAUAUUCUUAGUUUUCAUUCUAUUUAGGGUCCAAAUAGCAAAGACAAAUAAAAAAACCAUGUAAAGAAACAGCUUGGGCCUUAAGAGGUUAAUGUUUUAACUCUAUUCAAGCACAAUUUAGACUUUUUCACUUGAACAUAACGCCAGUUUUUGUGCAAUUACUGAAGUUUUUUUCCUGUCAAAAUUAGCCAAAUAUCACAACUUUUUUCAUGUAAGACGACUUAUUUUUUUUCCACAUAACUUUGGUACCUUAUCAUAACUUGAUGUGAAAUGAUUACUAUUUCCUCGUAAUAUUACAAAUUGAUUCUCAUUAAAUUGCAUUGUUUUUCCUCAUAAUAACCCGACUUUAUUCUCGUAAAAUUUGGGGUACUUUGUAAAAUGUAUAUAUAUUUUUUUUAGAUGUAGCCUUUUUUCAAGUAAAAUUAUUACACUUUCCUUCAAUAUUACGACUUUAUUUUUAUUUAAUUGCCCAUUAUUUCAUGAUACCACUUGAUUUGAGUCAAAUUUGGAGUAUUUCGUAUAAUUGUCUUAUAAUAAAAGUACAAAAAAAAAAAAAGUUUUCUUCAUAUCAAAUUUAUUUUCUUUCCAAUAUAAUUAUUAGUAGUACAUUUUUUUUUAUUUUAUAUUAAUUUUAUAAUUACUAAUAAUUAUUGCAAUUAAUAAUGUUAUUGCAAUUUAUUAUGUGUGGUUUUCCUUGUAAUAAUAUGACUUGAAUAUAGUAAAAUUAUGUAGAAUUUUUUUUUUCUCUACUGAAAAUUAGAAUAUAGCUUUUUUCCCCCCUUAUAAUUUGACAAAUAUAUAUCAUUAACAUAAUUAUGUUAUUUAAUUCUAGUAAUAUUUUUUUCAUCAUGGCCCUAAUGCUCUCUUCCGAACAAAUCAAACUUUGAACAUUUGCUACCUGGCUGGUUAUUGAAAAUAUUCAUAUUGGGCCCUAGUGUAUGACACAAUAUUACAAUGUGAUGUAUUGCUCUAUAUCUCUUUUUUCCCCACCGCUGGUGUGCUUGAAAAAUAUUGUUACUUUUUUUUGUGUGUGUAUUAAUAGCAAGUAUAGGCUUCUAAAGGGGCAAAACAAUGGCAAUCCAUAAAGAGCUGUAAUAUGACUGUAUCCUGCUCAUGUGAAAAUAACACACACACACACACUUAUGUAUGUCAUAUAAAAUUGUUACCUUUAUAUUGCCAUGGCUGUUGCAGAAAUAUUAUGAUACACUGACUGGACACUUCAUUAGGUACACCUGCCAGAUACCCAAUACUACAGCUGUACAAAAAUCUGCUUUUACAAACAUAAUACUAUUUUCUGUAUGUAAUAAUGCAACCAUAUGUUUACUUUUGUGGUCAUGUUGGAUCUGUUUGGUGCAGGUGUACCUACUGUCGGUGCAUAUACAAUAUUUUAAUUUUGUUGUCACUUACCCCAACAUAUUGCUGCUAAUCAAGCUCCCUUAGAUGCUCUCAUUGGGUAUAUAUUUACCUAAACUGUUCUCUGGAGAGAGGCAGUCACUAAAACUAACCUAAUUGUUUGAUACUGUUUUAGAUUGCGUUAGAUAAUAAUAGAUUUAGUUUGAACCGGAGGGUGUGUUCCAACUAUCGUGGGAUCACACUCCUCAGGUGUAUUGGAGAGGAGGCUACACCGGAUAGUCGAACCUCGGAUUCAGGAGGAACAGUGUGGUUUUCGUCCUGGUCGUGGAACUGUGGACCCACUUUAUACUCCAUGCUCUCGGCAGGGUCCUUGAGGGUGCAUGGGAGUUUGCCCAACCAGUCUACAUGUGCUUUGCGGACUUGGGGAAGGCAUUCGACCGUGUCCUUCGGUAAGUCUAGUGGGGAGUGCUCAGAGAUUAUGGGGUAUCGGACUGUCUGAUUGUGUCGGUCCGGUCGGUCCCUGUAGUCGGCAGUAAGUCGGACUCGUUUCCAGUGAGGGUUGGACUCCGCCAAAGCUGCCCUUUGUCACCGAUUCGGUUCACAAGUUUUAUGGACAGAAUUUGUAGGCGCAGUCGGGGUUGAAGGGAUCUGGUUUGGUGGUUGCAGGAUUAAGUCUCUGCUUUUUGCAGAUGAUUUGGACCUGAUGGUUUCAUCUGGCCAGGAUCUUCAGCUCUCACUGGAUCGGUUCGCAGCCGGGUGCGAAGCGACUGGGAUGGGAAUCAGUACCUCCAAGUUUGAAUCCUUGGUUCUCGCCCGGAAAAGGGUGGAGUGCCAUAUCCGUUGGGGAAGAUUUCUUGCCCCAAGUGGAGGAGUUCAAGUACCUCAGAGUCUUGUUCACGAGUGAGGGUAGAGUGGAUGGUGAGAUCGACAGGCAGAUCUGUGCGGCGUCUUCAAUGAUGCGGACACUGUAUCGAUCCGUUGUGGUGAAGAAGGAGCUGAGCCGGAAGGCAAAACUCUCAAUUUACCAGUCGAUUUCCGUUCCCAUCCUCACUUAUGGUCAUGAACUUUGGGUUAUGACCAGGUGAGAAGCUCUGCCAUCCGGGAGUAUAUCAAUAAGUAUAUCGGGUUUAUUUCCGAAUGUUACAGACACUUUAGAAGAAGCACUUUGUAGGCACAGUGUGCUCCCAUGAGAAUUAUUGAGAUCACACCUGAAAAGUAAUGGUAGAGUGCACUCGUUGUACGUUACUAUCAUUUAAAAUGUUCUUCUACCUUUUUUAGUUUACCCUCUUGUGAUUGACUUUAGGUAAUGGCCGACAUGAUACAUUUCUAAAAUCUAAAAGUUACAAGAAUAAAAUUAGUUAUGAUUUUAUCAUGACAUAAGACUCUUUUAAAGUAGUUUUUUCUGCAAAAAAAUGUGUGCAUACUAUUCUGACUUUAUUUUUAUAAAACACUUAGAUGUUUUGGUGUAAGGAAAUGACUAGAUUCUCAUUAUAUACUGACUUGAUUCUCAUACAAUUAGUUUAUCAUGAUAGUCAAAUAAAUGACUGGGUUUUUUUUGUACCUUCUAA